AUGAACUCGAACAAGAGUCGAAUCCUGAUAGUGAUUAUGCUGGUGACGAUUUUGAUACUGUACAUGAAGUACCAGAAAGCUCAAACGAAGCUAUUUUUGCAAAGCUUGGAUUUGAAGUAUCUGUACGAAAGGGCAAUGUGGCAUACAAAAGCAGUUGAGGAGUUCUAUUCCCCGGAAAUAACCACCGAAACUGAACCGGAUCCACCGUACAUGCAACGCUCGUACAAACUUCAACAAACCGGAAACUAUAAACUGCCCGAUCUGGAAGAUAACGAAGCCGAACUGUACUUCGAAUCCCACACAAACAUCUUCUUCAUAAUCUCAACCAUCUUCCAAGCCGGACUCGCCAAGCUAAGCCCCCGCCAAACAUGUGCCAUCGAGUCCGCGGCCCGCUCCAAUCCGGAGUGGAAAGUUUUCGUGCUGUUUGUGUCCGCGGCCGAGUUCAGCUUCUUCAACAGUCCCAACAUUGUGCCACUGCUGCCGUAUCCGAACGUGUUCCUGCGGCGGGUCAACAUGACCACGUUUGGGCUGGGAUCGCCAGUCGAGGAAAUGUUCGAGCGGGGUGCGCUGAACAACUCCAGCUUCAUCGUGGAGCACACCUCGGAUGUGCUGAGAUUGCUGACGGUGUACAAGUACGGUGGGACUUAUCUCGAUACGGAUGUGGUUGUCAUGAAGUCGCUCGAUGAACUGCCGCUGAAUUAUUUGGUGUCCGAGGGGGACGGAUUCGUGGCCAAUGGGAUCAUUAAUCUGCAGGCGAGUGGAGUUGGGCAUACCCUUGCGGAGAGCAUGCUGAGGGACGUAGCGAAAAACUACAGCGCCACCGAGUGGGCCGCCAACGGGCCCUUCCUGGUGACCCGAAUCCUGCGCCAGUACUGCAACGUCACCGAGCCGUGGCACAUGACUCGGGAGAAGUGCGGCGGCCAGUUUGGCGUCCUGCCGCCGGAUCAGUUCUUCCAGGUGUUUUAUCCCCACCAGUCGUGGUACUUUGAGGCGAACCGCACCCGCGAGGUGAUGGAGCGGAUGAAGGGCAAGGUGCUGACGCACCUGUGGAACAAGUUGACCAACGGGAUUAAGCUGAAAAAGGACGCAAAUGCGGCUUAUAUUGAGCUCGCGCGGUUGUACUGCCCAAAUGCGCUGUGGUCGGUGAAGGAGUACUUUUAG